GAAAGUUUAAUUAGAGAGAUUUAAAUGUUGAUGAACUAUUUACUAUGAAGAAUUAAGAUUGCCUACAGUAUAUGUUUUUUAAUGGCAAAUGGAAGUAUAAAGUGUCAUCAAAUUGUAUAUUAUUAGUUUAUUAGUAAUUAGGUGCUGCCUGUAAGGUAAAAAAAAAAAAAAAAUGUACGUUUAUCAGAGGUGUCCUUUGUCAUGCAUGAUUUUUAAUGCAUGCAUGCUCUGUUGCGACACAUUACCAGUUGUAUCAAACUGAACUCCAUCUGUGCACCUAAAUACAGGUGUACAAUAAGUACAACCUCCCUAUUUAUGUCAGAUGGUGGGCAAUAAAAAAAGUAACAAGGCUUCGCUUUCUUCCACGCUAAACCACGUAUGAGGCGUUGCUGACUGUAUCAAUGAGAGUAAAGAUAGCAGGUACAACACAUGAACAGUAUGAUGACUAUGGUAAUUUGGGUGCACUUCUGAAAUUAUUUAAGAUGUGCAUCUAUUCAGACUCAAUAAGUGCUUAAGAAAAUAUUUAUAUUUACCUUGAGUGUUAUGUGUAGCUUAUGUGUAUCUUAUGUGCAGGGGCCCAAGCCUAAGGGCCUACAACUCCCAUGGGGCCCAGGUUAAAGUGAUAGUUCACCCAAAAAUGAAAAUUCUGUCGUCACACAUUCUGUUGAUCUACGCGUCUGUCACCAGCAGGUGGCAGCACAUCAACUCCACCGAGUGUCCUCACGUCUGUUUCCAUGCAACCCGUAAACAAUGGAAAGUGUAAACGGGGCUAAUGAAGCCGAAGAGCUUUUGUCUUCUUUCACCAAACAAACAUCUAUAAGGCAGUACGUCACAUUUAAGUUAGGAAUGGCCUAUUCCCAGUCGCCCAAAAAGGCUGGUCUACCGCGAGAGGUUUUGAAAUGGCUGCAAAGUCUCGAUUUAUCGAUCUUUCCAAAAAACGUGCGCAGAGACUUUUCCAAUGGAUACCUAGUGGCAGAAAUAUUUUCAUGGUACUUCCCAAAGGAUUUCCAGAUGCACUCUUAUGACAAUGGAGCAUCAGUGGCUGCCAAGCAAUCAAACUGGUCCCAGAUUGAGAAAUUUCUGGUGAAACAAAACAUCAGUCUGUUGAAGGAGGCCAUCGAUGGCACAAUCCACUGUAAACCUGGGGCUGCAGAGCUUCUUGUGCAGGAGAUUUACACCUUUUUGACCAACAGAAGGAUCCAAACCAUCCAGACGGUGGAGCAAGGCUUCACAGAUAAGGCCUAUCAAGAACAGUUGCCUAUGGUGGCGCGUGCCACAGCCUCAGUGGCCAUAAAAAGCAACUUGCGUCUCAGUGAGGUUAUAGCUGAACCAAAUAUCACCGUCAACCAGCAUAAGGUUCUGGCCAUCAUACAGAGGCACAUAGAACAGAGGAAAGAGGAGAGGAACCAAGACCCAAGGCGCUUCAAUGUGAAGCCCACUCUUGGAGAACAGGCUGUCAGAUUGCCUCCCCUGUUAGCACACCAGACCAAGCCAAACCUUCAAAUAAACACCAGUCAAGCAGCUUGUUAAGUGCUUGGUCCCAAACUUUUCAACAACAGGAUAAGACGUGUGUUCAGUGGCAUCUGGAAUCAGAAAGAAAUGCAUUGCGGAUAUCAAGGACUGGCAAAAAAAGAGAUGGUUUAAGGUAGAUUUCCAAUAAAAAGUCUUCAAAACAAACCAUGUAACAACUAUUUUUUGGAUUCCUGAUGUAUUUGUAUUUGAGGUCCUAGAAAACUGGGUUCAACACAGGAUUCAUUCAUCCAAUAAAAAACAUGCUUAGCAUGCAUAUUCAUCCGUGUGAAAUCACCCUUUGUUGUCCAUUUUUGAACUGAACACAAUCUGAAAAAUAUAAUUAAAAAAAAUAUAAAUAUAAUAAAUCACCAAGUUAUUAAGCCUUGUUGUUUGGAUGUUAGUGGAUAAACACAUUUAAUAGCCAUGUGAUAAUUUAAUUCUGUUCCUCACAUAAAACUAAGUUAUUAAUCAAUAAAAAUCUGCUUUCGUCCCUAGCUCUUAAAUCUCAUUCAUUCUUUAACACAUUCGAACAUGGCAUGUCAUAGCGAUGAAGCUUGAGUAGAGUUUCUUUGCUUCUUCCCACCAUACUGUGUUGAGUGCGCUGUGCUUCUGACUGUAUACAAACAGCUAAAUUAUUGUGUGCAUUAUGUUUUGAAUGCAAGAUUUUAACUCCGUAAUGUUCAAUAAUAAUAAAAAACAAAGUUAAGCCUCAAUCUACUGCAAAAUGUUGAUUUUA